GCCCACGUCUUUUCACAGCGCGUGACACUCAAGGUGGAUUGUUUGAUCGAAUAAACGCUGCCGCGCGCGCUGUCAGGAUCUGUCUGUCCGAAAAGGUAAUUUGAGGAUUUCACCUGUUCCGUCUCUGAUGGAAAACCGACAACAAGGUUUGAAUCUGGGUAUGUUUUACCCCCCUGGUGAGGAGUCAAACGGCAGGAGCUCAUACAGGGAGGACCUGGCUCCGCUGGUCCAAAAUGGGGAGAACCUGACACAGUGGUGUAAAGCCUCACCUCAGGAGAGGGAUCAGUGGUGUCACACAUCUGUGUCCUACUCUGACCUGUGGGUCACAUCCUCGACUUGGGACAUGCAGGAAAACGGCUCAGAGCGAGGAUACCUUACUGCAGGUUUUCUUGACUCUGAGCCUCUAAGAGAGGCGGACGAAGAUGCAGCAUCAGAAGUCCACCUCAAUAACUCCACCAUGACGGAGGAGGAGAGGGAGGAGAUUCAGCAGGAGCUGGUUAAACUGGAGGAGGAGAUCGGCACACUGAAGCAGGUGUUGUCUUCCAAAGAGAAGCAGCAGGCAGAGCUCAGGCAGAAGCUGGGCAUCACUCCCCUGAGCGAGCUCAAGAACAACUUCAGCAGAAGCUGGCAUGACGUGCAGACCUCUGUAGCAUUUAAGAAGACGUCUGAGACCUUUUCCACAGCAGGACAGAAGACAUCGGCAGCCUUCAGCACCUUCGGCAGCGCCAUCACCAGGAAGUUAGGAGACAUGAGCAUGGCUGGUCUAGAGUUACUGUUCCCACGGAGGUCCAACUCAAUUGGCUACUCUGUCAGACAUUCAGUGAGCAUGCCCACCAUGAGAAACUCUCCCAGCUUUAAGAGUUUUGAGGAAAAAGUUGAGAGUACCGUUUCCACUAUCAAGACCAAAGUUGGAGGUUCAGGUCCAGGCGGCAACUUUGAGGAAGUCCUCUCAUCUGCAGCGAACGCCAGCUCUCAGGAAACGCCAAGCAACAACUUAACAGACGUCUCCCAGGUGCUAGAGAGCUAAACGCCGACCGACAACCCGGACUGAAGCCAGAAACUCUAUUUCUGCUGAAACAGCACUUUUCUUGUAUGUAGUUCUGAGGUGGCGAACAGUUCAUAGACGAUCUGGAGUUCAGGCUCGAGGAAAUCCUCUUAAAAUCGGACCAAAAGUGACUCGUUUAGCUUUUACAUUUAUGCAACUUUAAAAAACACAUUUGUGACCUUAAUUUGAUUAUUUAUAAAGCUGCAUUUUUUGGAAUAAAUGAUUUCAUACCAGCUGCUUAAGAAAAUCAACGCAGAGCUUUGUCAGAACCAAAGAAGUUAUUAAAGCUCUUUUUUGCUGUUACACCCCAUUUCCCCCAGAAGUCUCUUUCUAAAUCAAGAUUUAUCUUGAAAAGAUGCCCUCUUUUAUUGACAAAAGCUGAUUUUAUAUUCACCAUUAGUUACACAAAGUGUAAUAAAAAUCUCUGCAUAAAAAUAA